GCAGUUACGUUAAUUCCUUCGUUUUGAAAAUUUCAUAACAAGUGUCGAGUUGCCUUUAAAGCUCAUCAGCUUACAAUAAUGAACCUUUCAUCGGCAAUCAUGUUAAUUUUACUGAUUCUACCGCUGAUCACCUUGUGUAAUGGCACCAGUAACAAGAGCAGCAAACCAGUCGACAUCAGACCUGCCUCACAAUGCUGUUGCGGACAAUCAGGGACAAAUGGUAUCCCUGGGAUGCAUGGUAUGGCAGGACCUCCUGGGGCACCUGGCCGUGAUGGACGUGACGGAACCAAAGGAAAAUCGGGCAGUCCUGGAAACUCUGGGCCCCAAGGACCUCCUGGCCCUCAAGGAAGUAAAGGUUCAAAAGGAAAGCCUGGUGUCCAAGGCCCUAAAGGCCAAAAAGGACAGCGAGGAGAGAAAGGCGAGAGUGGAAAUCCAGGGGCGACUCAGCUUUCCUCACAUAUGAACUGGAAAGAAUGUACAUGGAAGAGAGGCGACGGCAAAGACUCGGGAGUAAUCCAAAACUGCGAGUUCAUGAAGAACUUCACAGACACUUCCCUCCAUGUCUACUUUGCUGGUACCCUCAGGAUUUAUGGAUGUGACGGUUGCUGUAGCCGUUGGUAUUUCACCUUCAAUGGCGCCGAGUGCAGCUCUCCUGGCCCGAUUGAAGGCGCGUUCUUCAUGCGAACCGGCAAAAACCACGAUCUUCAUCGCCACCGCCAUAUUGAAGGUCACUGUAGCAACAUUCACAAGGGAAAGGUGCGAGUGGGAUUCUGGGUUGGAAAGUGUGUUUCUGGCCAUAAGAGUGCUGACGCGUAUACCGGCUGGCAAUCAAUGUCCCGGAUCUUCAUUGAAGAGGUGCCAAAGCCUCAGCACUCAUCACCUUACAAUUAUGAACCUUUCAUCGACAAUCCUGUUAAUUUUACUAAUUAUACCGCUGAUCACCAUCCCCUUUCUCAGUGUUAUAGCGGACAACCAGGGACAAAUGGUAUCCCUGGGAUGCAUGGUAUGGCAGGACCUCCUGGGGCACCUGGCCGUGAUGGACGUGACGGAACCAAAGGAGAGCGGGGACGUCCGGGAAACACUGGGCCCAAAGGACCUCCUGGCCCUCAAGGAAGCAAAGGUUGGAAGGGAGAGCCUGGUAUCCAGGGUCCUACAGGCCAAAAGGGACAGCGAGGAGAGAACGGCGAGAGUGGAAAUCCAGGUGUGUCUCAGCUUUCCUCGCAUAUGAACUGGAAAGAAUGUACAUGGAAGAGAGAAGACGACAAAGACUCAGGAGUGAUCCAAAACUGCGAGUUCAUGAAGAACUUCACAGACACUUCCCUUCACGUCUAUUUUGCUGGUAACCUCAGGAUUUAUGGAUGUGACAAAUGCUGUAGCCGUUGGUAUUUCACCUUCAACGGCGCCGAAUGCAGAUCUCCUGGCUCUAUUGACGGCGCAUUCUACAUGGAAACCGGCAAGGGUCGGAAUCUUUUUCGUCACCGCCAUAUUGAAGGUCACUGUAACAACAUUCACCAGGGAAAGGUGCGAGUGGGAUUCUGGGUUGGUAGAUGCAUCAAAGCCUAUAAAAAUGCGGAUGCUCACACGGGCUGGCCCACAAUGUCCCGGAUCUUCAUUGAAGAGGUGCCAAAGGCUCAGCAGUAA